GUAGGUACUGAUAACGUGCCUAUGUAUGGUUGCAGCUGAGCAACAUCUAGAUAACUAUUUGCAUCUAUAAAGUUUUAGGCACAAGCCACCCCGACAAUGGCCACAUGGACAUUCCCAUCUUUCGGACCGAAGAGGGCAGAUACCUCGCUAAGUCUCUCGGCGAUCCUUUGAUCAAAGGUCUGACCGAGGUGGCUAAUAUAAAGCCUAAAGAUCCGGUCGCGUUCCUGGCCAGUUUUCUUCAUAAUUUUCCCGAACAGGAGAAAUCUAAUUUAGGUACGCAGGUAUCCGAAAUGAUAGUGACACGAGAAGCAGCAGAAGUAGAGAACGAGCAACCGGCGCCGGCCGCAGCCGUACCAGUACCAUCAAACGCGGUGACCGCCGUCCGCAACCGCACAGCGACCAAACAGCGGCCCAUUGACAUCGUCACCGUCGACCCACAGCCCGUCACCAGUCCUGAUGCUCCCGAAUCCGCCUUCAGUAGUGCCACUAGAGAUGAACAUGGACAGUCAAUGCUGCACUUCGCAGCAGCUCGCACACACACACGGAACGCGCUGUUCCAGCUCUUGCAGGAGUCAGACAUCAGUUUGGGAUACAGGGACGAACUGUACAGGACUGCUCGAGACGUCUCCAUACAGGCCAACGUUCCUGAGAACACCGUAGAGAUUGACAAAUGGCUGUUACACAUGGCUGCUAGAGGCAAUACGGAAAAGAUAAUGGAGCUAUUAAUGGAAGGCUACGAUCACAUAUUGGAUGUGGUUGACGAAGAAGGAUUGCCCAUAACUGAAGUUAUAGCACAGCGCGGAGACACAAAUAUGAGCAACUUACUCGCUUCCAUUCCAGCUUUCGAGGAAUCCCGUGAAUCCCUUCACGGUGCAGUUCGUCGUGGAGACUUGGCAGCUGUACAGGCGGCUCUGUCUGGUGAAGGUGGAAGGACCCUGGCUCGGUGUCAGAACACAUUCGGUCGCACAGCGCUUCAUGUCGCUGUGCUAGCUCAGCAUGAAGACGUCGUCUCCUAUCUAGCGCAGAACUACCCUGAGUUACUGCGCAUUGGAGAUAAUUUGGAGCGCACACCGCUACACUAUGCUAUGGGCGUAGAGAAGAUAGAAUCACUGAGCAGGGUGCUGAUCAGAGCUGGAGCCAAGCGCGUACUGAAGGACCUUAAGGGUCGACAACCCACGUACUACUUCAUGAACAAAUCAGAAAUACUGCGGCUCAAGGAAGAAGAGGAAGUUUAUUGAUAAACCACAACAAUGGCAUUAGUUAAACAUUAAAAUCAUUAGAAAUAGGCGUCAAAGAUGGCUGUGGCUUGUACGAAAAACUUUGUAAAGGGCUUACGAUAGAUCAGUAUAGAAUUAGAAUAAUUACUCGCUUCUUAUUACGCACAUUUUGCAAUCGCAACCCUUUAGUUGUAAUCAUCGUCGUAGUUAAUAUUAGGAAUAGGAAAAUGAUCGCGUGCCGAAUAGUAGAUAUUUGUGAAUUUUCUAUGGUAUGUAUAUUAUACUUGAUGGGACCCUAACGUAUACCUUGAAAAUUAUUACUAAAAUAAAACUAAAU